CGGAAAUACUCGAGAAUUAUCAAUACUACCGUACUGUUAUACAUAAAUUUAAUUUAAUACAGAGCGGACGUGAUUUAUGGACAUUUCAAGUUACUUGAAGUGUGCAAAACUUUUCAUUUGUGUUGUGUGUUAAGUUAUCACUUCCUGAAAAGUUGCAUGUAUACAGAUUGCCGUAGAAAAUUGUCAGUACUUACACAAAUUGUUUAUGAUUUAUAGAUUCUACAUUCGUUUUGUAUUUUGCAAAUUUUAUCUCGGCGGCGUUAUUUCAAGGUGUUGUAUUAGAGACAAUAAAUAAAUAUGCGUUACUUUGAGAACAAAGCUCAAGACUACACUCCAGGUUCAUCAGUUAAAAUUGAUAAGCAAAACUGGAUGCUUCAAAUUUCGCAAAUAGCAGAGUCAAUUGUAGAGGGAAUGCCAGCAACGAUUGACAACUGUGAUGGUGGAUUAUAUGUUGGAAAUGCAGGAAUAGCAUAUAUGUUUUACUGCCUAGCUCAAAAUGAGGCGUUCAAGGACAUGCGAUCAACUUAUUUAGAGCAAGCGGUAAUGUAUACAAAUGUUUCCCAGGAGUAUGUAAAAAGUUCAAGUCGUGACAAAGCCUCAUUCAUUCUCGGAGAAGCAGGUGUUCAGGCAGUGUCAUGCCUUGUCUACGAAGCAAGUGGAUCAUCAAGUGUUGCAGAAAAGUUUUCAAGAAAGUACGCAGACCUGUCUGCUGUUUGUCUUCCAAUAAAGUUCCUGAGAUGUGGAUCUGAUGAAUUAUUUGUAGGUAGAGCAGGUUAUCUUUGUGGGGCAAUAAAUCUACACAAAAAACUUGGGAAACAGGUUGUAGAUGAAAAAAUUAUAAACGAUCUUUGUACAGUAAUUGUUGAAUCUGGUCGUAAAUAUGUAGGAAAAGAUCCAUCAGUACCUCUCAUGUAUGCUUAUUAUGAUACAGAGUAUUUAGGUGCAGCACAUGGAAUGUCCUCAAUUCUCCAAACUUUGAUGUGUUUUCCAUCACUUCUUAAGACAAGUCCUGAUGUAGAGAAGACUGUUCGAGCAGGUGUAGACUUCAUGUUAUCUCUAGAACAGGAGAAUUUUAACUAUCCACCAGCAAUGGAUGAAGUUAAACGGCAUAGACCAGAUAAGGAGGAGCUGGUACACUGGUGCCAUGGUGCUCCAGGUGUGGUUUACAUGUUAGCCCGGGCAUACAAGGUUUGGAAUGAUAACAAAUAUCUUGAAGCUUGUUUGAGGUGUGGUGAGCUCACUUGGCGUAAAGGACUUCUGAAAAAGGGGCCAGGAAUCUGCCAUGGUAUAGCUGGAAGUGGAUACGUGUUUUUAUUGCUGUACAGACUAACAGGUGACCAGAAGCAUUUGUACAGGGCAUUGAAGUUUGCGGAGUUCUUAUUUUCGCAGGAAUUUCAACAGGCAAGAAUACCAGAUAGUCCCUACAGUCUGUACGAGGGCUGGGGCGGCACUGUUUGUUUUCUAGCGGAUCUACUCCAACCAGAGAAAGCAGAAUUUCCAUUCUUUGACAUUUUUGUUGACUGAGAAACCUGUCAUAUGAUACUCCAAAGAUAUAUGUUACAUAUUGUAGAGGCUUUCACUGUAGAACUUGAUAAUACAGGCUUGAGGAGAGACAGGCUUUGCCAAAAUGUAAUGUUCAGCAAUUGAAAAUGUGCGCACUUUUCUGCACUUAGCAUUUCAAGCAUAAAAGGUUUCGCUUGUGAAAUCUUUAUAUAAGUGGUUCUGCUUAAAAUCUUUUAAACAUUGUUGAGGUUCCCAAGGAGAGGCAAUACUGAGAACCGAAAAGUUAACAAUAGUAUUAAUAUCAAGUAUGAGUUACCUCCCUUAGAUAUUAAUCUGGAAGCUGGCUAUUGUUUUACCAUACAGUAUGACACAUGUAAAGCUUUCUCAGAUAUUCAGCUGUUGAUAUUGCAUUUGGUCUCGGACUCAUAAUAUAUGCAAGUAAUUUUCAUAUAAAUGAGGUUUAUAUUGGAAAAAAUUUCCUGCUUAAAGCCACAACUGUUGUUAGUAUUUGUAUUGUUUGAGAUUCAAUGAUGUUGAUGAUGAAAUUCAUCGUUUUUACACAAAAAA